CUCUUUUCACUUUGCAACAAAAUUUUCAGUUAGCUAUGCCAAGCAACCUAUUGUCACUUCUGAUCGAUCUCAAGCUCUAAGCGGACGUCAACACGAACCUCUAGCAGGGUAGCGGUACUACAUGUUGAAUGCAACACAUACACCUGACAAAUCCAGUCUCUCUAACCCAAGCAUUCAUCACCCUACUACAGAAAUGCAAAUCAAUCUCAGAUCUCAGGCAAAUCCACGCAAUGCUCACUGUGUUUGGCCUCUCCCAAGAAAGCCCAUUCGCUUCAAGAAUCCUCUCGCUAGCAGCAAUUUCCGAUCCUUCAAACGAUUAUGCCCAUCGCUUAUUCCUUCAACGCCCUAACCCAACUGUCAGAGACUACAAUGCUUUCAUUAGAGGCCAUUCCCACAGCAAGAACCCAAACAAGUCUGUAUUUUUAUUUGUUGAAAUGCUGCGGACCGGUGUCCUCCCCGACCACCUCACGUACCCUUUUCUUAUCAAGGCUUUGGCCCACCUUUCGCAGCCAAGAGUUGGCGGGAGUGUUCAUGGGCGUGCGGUGAGAGAUGGGUUUGUUGAGGAUAGGUUUGUUUUGAAUUCUUUGAUUCAUUUGUAUGGCUCUUGUGGUGAUAUUUCGUCUGCAAGGAAGGUGUUCGAUGAAAUUCCCCUGAAGAACUCGGUGUCGUGGAACUCGAUGUUGGAUGGGUAUGCGAAAUCUGGGGACGUUGUUUCGAUGAGGGAGGUGUUUGAAAGGAUGCCUGAGAGAGACGUGGUGUCAUGGAGCUCACUGAUUGAUGGGUACGUCAAGGAUGGGGAGUAUGCGGAGGCUUUGGCCGUUUUUGAAAGAAUGAAGCAAGUUGGGCCAAGGGCUAAUGAGGUGACCAUGGUGAGUGUUUUGUGUGCUUGUGCUCACUUGGGAGCUCUAGAGCAAGGGAGGAUGAUGCAUAGAUAUGUGGUUGAGAAUAAGUUGCCCAUGACUCUAGUUUUGAGGACAUCAAUCAUAGACAUGUAUGCCAAGAGUGGUGCAAUAGAAGAUGCAAUGUCGGUUUUUCGCAGCGUUUCAACGAGAAACACCGAUGUGCUGAUUUGGAAUUCUAUAAUUGGAGGGCUAGCAGCCCAUGGUCUUGUUUGGGAGUCAUUGAAAAUGUACAGGGAGAUGCAGAGUUUAAAGAUCCAACCUGAUGAAAUCACAUUCUUGUGCUUGUUGAGUGCUUGUGCACAUGGAGGUUUAGUGAAGGAAGCUUGGCGUUUCUUCGAUUCUUUGGGCAAAAACGGCACGAAACUGAAGAACGAACAUUACGCUUGCAUGAUUGAUGUUUUAGCCCGCGCUGGUCAGUUAACCGAAGCUUAUCAGUUAAUGUCUGGAAUGCCUAUGGAACCAUCUGCUUCCAUGUUAGGUGCACUACUUAGUGGCUGUCUGAAUCACAGAAAACUCGACCUUGCAGAAAUAGUGGGAAAGAAGUUGAUUGAAUUGGACCCUCGUCACGAUGGUCGUUACGUUGGCCUAUCAAAUGUGUAUGCGCUAAAGAAACGCUGGUACGAAGCAAAAGCGGUGAGAGAAGCCAUGGAAACAAGAGGGGUGAAGAAGUUUCCUGGUUUUAGUUUUGUGGAGACUUUUGGAGCCCUUCACAGAUUCAUAGCUCAUGACAAAACACACCCCGAGUCAGAAGAAAUCUAUAUAAUGUUGCACCUAGCGUUAUGGAAUAUGAAGUCUGUUACUGAUUUUGAAGUACAAGAAUACGAGUAGUGAUAUGGAUCACAUGUUAUAUUAUCUGCAAAUCUGAAAUGGGAGAGCAUUGUAAAAUGUU